AUGACCAAAGUCUUGAUGCAAACUCGGAAUGAUGAGUACAAGAGCAAUUUAAUUCUCUCCAAAGGUCUUGACUUUGUUGAAGAAGAAGAGCAGAUUACACAUCAAACUUUCAAGUUUGAUCCUAAUGACCUGGGGAAUGAGGAAGAAUACAUAUCUGUCAAGGCUGAGAUUCAAGGCAAAGAUUCAAAAGAGCCAUCUGGCCACUAUUUGCUUAUGUGUAAGGUUGAGGUGCACUGUGGUUGGAGCACAGCGACUCUAGAUGAGUUGAAGGGGGACCUAAUAGGGGCUAAAAAGCUCAUUCCUGCCCAGCACGGUUCUGAGCGUCACAGCAAGAUGAUGGUGGUUAAUUUGUCAAGAGAGAAAAACAUACAUGAACUAUUUUUCAAACCUGCAGUCCAAGAGAAACAGAUUUUGACUCUGGUGAUCACUUGA